AUGCUCCUUACUUGCGCGAAUGCAAACGCUUUGCAGGGUGAUGAUGCACUCUGUGAUGUCGGAAAACAUAGCCCAUGCCGUGUCCCUGUCAACAUUGAGAAUUCUGCGGAAUCGGAGAAAAGGACGAAGGGGAUUGGAGCUGAGAGAAACCUUCUUCUUCUUCAGGGAGAUGACUGUCUGCUGGUCAAGAAGAUUGCUAAUCAGAUUCUCCCCAUCUUCUUCACUGAACUGUUCCUCGCAAUUGAUGUGAACGGUGAAAAAUUGCGGACGAUAAAACGGGGAGAAGCUUAA